UCACGUCGGACUUGACUUCCGGCUUGUUGCUACCUAACCAGCGUGAAGUGAAAGUGCUGCCUGGACUUGUUGUUAACUCCAUUUGACACGUUUGCUACUUUUUAAUAUAGCUCAACAAUAGGCGUGUGUGACUCGUCGAACGACAAGAAAGGACUUGCUGCUUUUCAUUUUCUUUGAAAAAUCGUGUUCGUGGACCGCAGCGGCUUUCUCCGUUGCAAGCUAGCAUCAGGGCUAACCUGAAAGCGUCGGACGGGCGACAAACGAACUCUUCUGGCCGUCCGCUUUCUCCUGGCUCGGACGCUCAACGCCACGGAGACGCCCAGCAGCAUUUCAUGCGUGCGCGGGAGUUCGCUCGGACAUUUUGAUGGGAGGCGGCUGGCCGCCGCCGGGUGGACGUCGCGGGCAGAACUUACGAGCAAGGCGGAGGCGACGGCGGCGGCAGCAGCAGCAACCGCGGCCGCGACGUUCCGGGCCCGCAUGGAGUCUCUGGCCGGCUACGUGCACAAGGCGGCCGGCGAGGGUCGCGUCCUGACGCUGGCCGCGCUGCUGCUCAACCACAGCGAGGCCGAGACUCGCUUCCUGCUGGGCUUCGUCAGCCAGCAGGCGGGCCAGAGGUCCACGCCGCUCAUUAUCGCCGCCCGCAACGGACACGACAAGGUGGUCCGCCUGCUGCUCGACCACUACCGCGUGGACCCCGAGCAGCUCGGCAGCACGCGCUUCGACGGCUACACGAUCGAGGGAGCGACGGCGCUGUGGUGCGCGGCGGGGGCCGGCCACUUUGAGGUGGCGCGCCUGCUGGUGGCUCACGGCGCCAACGUCAACCACACCACCGUCAACAACUCCACGCCGCUGCGGGCGGCCUGCUUUGACGGGCGGCUGGACAUAGUGCGCUUCCUGGUGGAGCACGCCGCCGACAUGUCCAUCACCAACAAGUACAACAACACCUGCCUGAUGAUCGCCGCCUACAAGGGCCACGGCGAGGUGGUGCGCUUCCUGCUGGAGCGCGGCGCCGACCCCGACGCCAGGGCGCACUGCGGGGCCACCGCCCUGCACUUCGCCGCCGACGCCGGCCACCUGGGCGUGGUGGCCGAGCUGGUGCGGCGGCACGCCGUCAUGACGGCCAACGGGCACGGCAUGACGCCGCUGAAGGUGGCGGCGGAGAGCUGCAAGGAGGAUGUGGUGGAGCUCCUGCUGGCGCACGCCAACUGCGAGCCGGCGCGUCGCGUGGAGGCGCUGGAGCUGCUGGGUGCCUCCUUCGCCAACGACCGCGAGAACUACGACAUCGGCAAGACCUACCGCUACCUGCGCGCCGCCAUGGACGAGCGCCAGCGCCACGGCGACGCCUUUCCGGCCACGGAGCCGCUGCCGCCGGCCGAGGCCUACGGCGGCCGGCCCGAGUGCCGCACGCCGGCCGAGCUGGAGGCCAUCCGGGCCGACCGCGAUGCGCUGCACAUGGAGGGCCUGAUGAUCCGCGAGCGCAUCCUGGGCGCCGACAGCGCCGACGUCUCGCACCCCAUCAUCUACCGCGGCGCCGUCUACGCCGACAACAUGGAGUUUGAGCGCUGCAUCAAGCUGUGGCUGCACGCGCUGCGCCUGCGCCAGCGCGGCCACCGCAACACGCACAAGGACCUGCUGCGCUUCGCCCAAGUCUUCUCGCAGAUGCUGCACCUGAAGGAGCGGCUGGCCCCCGACGCGGUGGAGCAGGUCCUGGGCUGCAGUGCGCUGGAGAUCAGCCGCAGCAUGGCGCGCGCCCAGUCGGCGCCCGAUGGCGAGCUGGCUCAGGCGGCCGACAACUACGAGUCCAACAUGCUGACUUUCCUCUACCUGGCCUGCAUCGCCACGAAGACGUCGUGCGCCGACGAGCGGCAGCGCACCCGCAUCAACAAGCACGUGUACGACGUGGUCCGGCUGGACCCGCGGGCCCGCGACGGCACCACGCUCCUGCACCUGGCCAUCAGCUCCAGCACGCCCGUCGACGACUUCCACACCAACGACGUGUGCGGCUUCCCCAACGCCCAGGUGACCAAGUUGCUGCUGGACUGCGGGGCCCGCGUGGACGCGGUGGACCAGGAGGGCAACACGCCGCUGCACGUGAUCGUGCAGUACAACCGUCCCAUCAGCGACUUCCUGACGCUGCACGCCAUCAUCAUCAGCCUGGUGGAGGCGGGCGCGCACACGGACCGCACCAACAAGCAGAAGAAGACGCCGCUGGACAAGAGCACCACUGGCGUGUCGGAGAUCCUCCUCAAGACGCAGAUGAAGAUGAGCCUCAAGUGCCUGGCCGCGCGCGCCGUGCGGCGCCACCGCAUCGCCUACCGCAAGCAGAUACCCGCCAGCCUGGAGGAGUUUGUCGAUUUCCACUGACCUCCGUCCGUCCGUAUCUGGCUAACGUCGGUCCGCCGGCGUCGUUAUCGGAGGAGGCGCAGUCAGUCGGUCGCACUGACGCGUUGCCGAUGGUUGGCCGGUUGCCGGAUCGCCCCCUUGCUAUGAUGGUACGGGAGACGCUGCACUCAGAUGACUCGGGCGCCGCAAACAACGGCACGGCAUUGGCACGUCAAGCCGCCGGACUCAACAUCCACGUUAGUCAUGAAUGCGUUCUACCGUUCCGUUAGAAUGUUUUCUCAGCCCACGUGCAAAUAUAUUCUGUCUUUCUACAUCUCUAUUUUUUUUAAACGAGCUUAAUCACUCGAAACAAAAAAUCACUUUUCCAAUUCCAGUUUGCACGAUGCCAAAGUUGACGUGGCCCAAAUUUCAGAGAUACCUGCCAGAUGUUAUCGACUAAAAUGAAUUGGCAUUGCAAUCAAUGAAUGACCUCGUGCUAGCUAAAAAAACAAAGCAGUGCCAAGAUAGCACGAAAUCCUGACUUGCCAACCUUUUUGAAAGUGAUGCCGUUUUACUGUACUAAUUCAUGCCAAGGGCUCCCACUUUGCUACACACUUACAAAUGAUAUUCAUUUAUCUCACGAUAUUGAUCAUGUGAAUGAUUUCUCGCAAUAAUCAGGAAAUGAAACUAAAUCAAUAUGCAACGUUUUAAUUUCUAUCAAUCUCUGCCAGUGUUAUUUGCAAAUGAAGAC